AUGUCUACUUCCAUCCAAUCACCUUCCCGUGCAACUCCCAACAGAGAUUUCACAUCACCCACCAAACCAUCCACACCUUCUUCGAAGAACUAUCAUCCGUAUUUGAUACAAUCUACCUCAUCCUCUUUAUUGACUAGAUCAAACUCAUCUCCUGCACCACCUGCUUCACCAUCCGGACAUCGUUCAAGUAGAUCAAUGAGUUCGUUAAAUCAUAUCUUGGAAGGAAAUCAACUUCAAAAUCAAAAAGAAAAGGAGAAAGAAGAUAGAAGAAGAAGUAUGGAAUCUCCCAUUGCACACCGGAAUGGACAUGGAAACGGAAACGGAAACGGAAACGCAUUUAUCAGACCGAGUGUGAAAAGGAGUGGAACAUUACCUGAAUUCUUGAAUCACGCUGGGAAGAAUGGGAAAACAUCAGAAAAAGAACUUGACCUUCCUUUGACUCCCAAGUUGUGGACGCCAUCCGAACUUGCGCAGUACCUCGGUCAUACACUUCGGACAGGUGGACCAGAAGGUACAGGUCAAAUACUGCCUUCACCUCUAGUGGAGGAUAUCAAGUCAUGGGUAUUGAGACAGCGUGUAUCAGGAAGAGAUUUCAUAAAAGGUAGUUUAGAUGGAUGGGGGAAUACAACCAGACCACCGCCCUUCUUACCCCUUCUUCAAACUAUCGCAAGACGUCUGAGACGACACUCAUUUUCAGGUAAAAUCGAAUCUGUACCUGCACAUCCUGAUGAUUCUUUUGGAAGAGGCUCAGUCCUCAUGGAAGAAGAUGAAGGCGAAUGUGAAAUCGAACACGACGACAACAACGCAAAUGCGAAUGAAAAUGGAGAUGUGGAUGAAGGUGAAGAUGGGAUUUCCGGUGUAAGGAGAAUGGCAAUUGCUUUUGAUGCAAGAUCAUCUGCUUCUGAAACUAGUAAUACUUCAAGUGCGAGUGGUGAUGAAGAUGAAAUACCUAUAAAACUAAAACCUCAAUGGACAGGUGAGAGUGUGAAUGAAAGAUGGAAAGCAUGGGAAGGAAGAUCAGAUACAUAUAUAACAAAAUCAAAUAGAAAUAGAAAAGCAUCAGACGUUUCCUCAAUAACAAGUGAUCAAGAUCAUCAAAAUCGAUUCAUCACUGAAAAGAAUUUACAAGAUAUGAUUUCUCAGAACCAUGAAAUUCUGUCAAGUAGCGCAAGCGAAAGUGAAGAAGAAGAUGAAAAUGAACAUGGCGGAACCAUCAAGGCUCCUCCUGCUGCUAUCUCGAAUCAAUCUACAUCGAUCAAUGAAGGUCUAACUCCUCCACCACCAUAUACAUCUUCCUUCCCUGACACAAAUCUCAGCAACAGAGUAACAUCGACACUGCCAACAUUGACGGAAUGCUUGACACCCGAACGAGCAAAUGACGGUAGAUAUUCGAUUACGCCCACACCUGAAAGAACAUCUAAUAAUGGCUUGGGUAUACUUGACCCUUCGGCAUGCUCACCUGAUACAACACCUUCCAAAGCAUCACAUACGAAUCCAAAUCCAAAUCAAGACUCGUCAUCUUCUCCACAUAUGAAGAAUAUCUCAAAUCAUCAAAACCCAUAUGCUGCAUUGAGACGACGUUCAUCGUCUUCAUCAAAAUAUCCAUCUACCAAUAUAAGGAAUUUAACUUUAGUGAAUAAUAAUCAUAAUAAUGGUAAUCACGAUCAUAUCGCUAACGACGAAGAAGAUGAUGAUGAGGAAGGUGAUUUACAACCUGCUCAAAGGAGUCCUGCGAAUCCAAAUUUCAUCAUUGCUAAUGAAGAAUUACAAGGUUCAAGAUGGACAACAGCCAGAAGAGUUACGUUAAGACCUUCGAAAGUACAAAAUGUAUUUGACAAUGAUGAGCAUCACACCGAUAACAACAUAGAUCAGGAUAAGGACAACAACAUGGCAGAUCAAUUGAAUGUAUUGAUGAAUCGAAUCAAAGAACUAGAACAUAAAUUGGAAGAUGUGACGAAACCCAAAUCAAUGCAGGAUAAAGUAGUAAAGAGGGAUAACAAGACCUAUUCUAUUUUGGAUUUAAUUGGAUAUGGUGAUAAUAAUAAAAAUGAUGAUGAUGGUUUACCUAGAAGAGUAAGAGAAUUACCGGCGUACUUAUUCUUGGUAGGUGUCGGUGUGGGAGCGAUAAUGGUUAGAGUACUACUUGGAAGAGGUAGAUAG